GCGCAACCUCAGCGCCGCCCAGCGGGACUUGUAGUCUUUGAUUUGUCCCCACCAACGCGAUGGUGAGGGCGCUGGACUACUACUCCCAGGAAGCCUCGCGCCGGCGAGCCCCGAGCCGGAGGACGCGGCGAGCGCGGCGCCCGGCCCUCUCGGGCAAGGACUGUCAAUGGAGGCGCGGGUGGUGGGAGCGAGAACAUGGCUGCACCUGGGGCCUGCGCGGCCGCUCGAGUGGGGGAGGGGAGCCGGGGCGCAGGGACGAAAAGCCUGGGCAGGCGGAGCUCCUGCCUGCUCCCUGCCGCGCUCCCCCCGGCCUCAGCCUCCGUCCAAGGCUCGCGCUCACCUCUGCACCCGAGAUUCCCUGGAAAUUGAGAGGCCGGGACACUGCAAAGGCCGGGGAGGCCCCGGCCGGCCUGCUGCCUUCCAUGCUCUGCCAAGGGACUUCCUCCGCCCUGCACCACCCUCCGGGACACAAAGAACUCCUGUUAGUUUUGAAAGUUUGCCUCAAACGCGGCCAAAAGAAAUUGUUACCCCAACUUUGGACGGUCGGCCCUCAGUAUCCGCGGGUUCCGCAGCUGCCUCUGUGGAUUCAACAAACUGUGGAUGGAAACUAUUCUAAAACAAACAAACAAAAAAAUGCCAGGAACUUUCAAAAAGCAAAACUUGAAUUUGCUGGCUCGGGGAAUCUAAGGAGAGGGGUUGGCCAGCCUCUGGGUUGUACCUGGAGCCUUUGACUUCAUUCAUUGCAGCAGACUGUGUCGUCCAAUCCCAGAUGAACUCAGAUUGACCCCAGAGUGAGCAACAGGAAAGAAUAUGAGCACCUCUUAAAUUCUGGAAAGCCCAGGAGAAGGUCACUGUCCUCCAGAAAUGUAUAACAAGGGCUGACAUGUAUUGAGCAUUCCUUCCCAGUCACAUGCUGUGUUCAACACUUAAAACAGAUUAUCUCAUUGAACUGACAACUACCCACCUUGGUAGGUGCUUAGAACCUCCUCAUAUGCUAAAAAGGCUCAGAAAGGUUAAGUUACUUGGCCAAGGAUACACAGUUGGCAAAACCCAGAUUCUAAUCUAUAUCACCCAAUGUCCAAGUCUGAAUUUUUAACUAUUGUCUAUUUAUUUGUACACUACAGUCGUCUCAUCCAGGCUGAUAGGACAAAUGAAUCAAACACACAGUACAUGCAGUUAAAUGCCAUGAGAUUCUAUGAGAUGGCUGGCGAUAAAGCAGGCAUUUUUUUCAUGGAGGAGGUAGCAUUUGCAAUGAAUGUCAAAGGAUGGAUGGAAUUUUAAAAAAUACAAUAGCAUGAAUAUGUUUGUUUUUUUUUGAAAGGGGAAGGAUAAACAACAAGGUCCUACUGUAUAGCACAGGAAACUAUAUUCAAUAUCCUGUAGUAAACUGUAAUGAAAAAGAAUAUAUAUAUCUGUAUAACUGAAUCACUAGGCUAUACAUCAGAGACUAAUGCAACAUUGUUAAUCCACUAUACUUCAAUUAAAAAUAAAAUAAAAAAUAAAAAGAGG